AAGGAAGAAGCCGAACGUUUGUUCCAAAAGGGAGAACAGCUCACGGAUCAAAUGAAAAGCUGUCAAGUAAAGGUCGAAAAGUGCAUGGAAACACUCUUAGAAUUUCAGACGAAAUUCGAAAAUACCACUGCCGGUGUAUCACACCCGCUACUGGAUAAAUUCAAGAAAAAUAUUACAGAGUUGUAUCAAUCAAUGCAUAAUCUCCAUCCAGUUACCCGCGAGGAUCUCAACAAUAUUAAGGCCCGGCUGUGGGACCUAGUCAAAAGUGCUAGGAAUGCAUCUCGUGUCCUGUUCCAGACCCUUGAAGAACAUGGGGAAGAAGAACUAAGAACCAUGGUAUUUACUGAGAACACCCUUCCAGUCGAUAUAGCCACUGAAAAGACUCAGAACAACCCAAACGCCAUGAACGUCAGUGGCCUUUUUGUCAACGAUACCAACGCUCAGGUCCUAGCCUCGACUGAUAAAGCGGAUAAUCCCAACCAGGACCUCGCCGGUCACACGACCAAGAACUCCUAG